CAAUAUUGUACCUCCAAACAAGGAAGUGGGCUGUCGUUUGUCAAAGCUUGUGGAUCAUGGGCGCAGUUAGCUAGCGUGGCUAAUCUUUAAUCUUUAAAAUCAUACAUAAGGAAUCUUAACAGUUUGCCAAUCGUUUUUCACACAGAAUGACCGACGACUUCGGGAGUCAGGAGGUCCGGUCCAGCGGGGAGCUGUGGUCCGAGAUCUGCUCCAGUCUGCCGGAGGUGCAAGAAGGCGAGGCAGCUCCAGAGAACAACACCGAGUUCAACGACUCAUUCCAGCCAGCAGCACAAGACGGAGUGCAGGUCAAUGGACACUCAAAUGGGACAGAUAGCAGUUCUCCCAGUGCCAAGUGGGAACCCAUGGAGGACUCUGAGAUCUACAUAGCAAGUUUAGAGAACCGUCUGAAGAAGUUAAAGGGCCAAUCCAGUGAUGUGACCUCUAGAGACAUGCUGCGCUCAUUGUCUCAAGCUAAGAAAGAAUGCUGGGAUAGAUUCCUGCACGACGCCCAGACCUCAGAGCUUUUCCAAGGUGGUGACAUGGAUGAGAGUGCCCUCGAACACUUCAAGAGGUGGUUGAUUCCUGAGAAAGUGGCCAUCAGCGCAGAGGAGCUGGAAUAUCUCCUGAGGCCGUCUCAGAAUAAGGAACCAGUGGGACCAGACCAAACACAAAACAGAGAGGACACAGAGGGAGAGAGACACGACCCUGAGGACGAUGACUCUCACAGCCCAGAGAAAUGAGUGUGUUAAAAUAGAAACACUGACAGAAGAACUAAUUUGGAUUUAUUGUAUUCAAUAAGGGUGACUUGUUAGCCCAUAUUUCGAGCCGUGUUCUCUCAGAUUACUGUUCUGGCCAAAGCUUUUGUUGUUAGCGGUCAAAGAAGUAAUUACAGCCUGUCAUCAUCCUCUGUAUCCCCAGCAACUGAGUGUUAAGUACUUAUUAAACCACAUGUGUUUUGUCUUUGCUAUUCAUCCCUUCAAGCACAUCACACCAUGAAAACAUAUAAUAAAGAGUUUGAAAUUAGACUUGUUUGUCCUCUAGUGGCAGAAUUAGCAUCUAGUCUGUUUAAUGACUCCUACUUUAUCUGUAACAAGAGCAGCUCGCUACCCUACAAACACAUGCAAAGGUUAAUGAAAGACCGCAUGCAGUAUCAUGUUGUUAAAUAGACAUGUUGUUAAUAUGACAAGCAACGCAGCAUCUUCUAGAGACAUUGUUUUUCUGUCUAAUAAUUGUGACAUCUAAAGUAGGAAUACUCUCUGAUAUAUUCCUGAAUAUACUGUAACAUAAUGUGUAACAUCUUUAUUUUUGCCAUGUUGAUUUUACAUAUGAGGUUUUACCCUUGUUUCAAUAAAAACAAAUAGCAUUGAUUUUGA